AACACUGACAGUAGUGUGUAUUCUUGUGUUGUCCAGCCCCGCUCGACCGUUUAGGGGAUGGGCUAUUCAGCCUUCUCAGUCCUCCCAUUGGCUUCAUCUGCAGUUACUUCUCCUAUGACUUCUCGGGUUGGCGACGACAAAGUUUUUUCCAGCACAAGAAACGUGGCCGCAAGUUAUUAAAACUUGCAUUUGUCGAGACUUGUCUUCUUUAGCAGAUUAUAUUUGGUAGCAUGAACAUUGGCAAAUCCUAAGGAAGAGAAAGAGUAACCUUGUGAGAGAAGGACAAAGUGACGAGCAGAGAAACCAACACCAAGACUUCUAGUCACUCCUCUCUUGGACCGUGCUGUCAGCAUGAUGGAGAAACCUCCACUGGACAGCAACGAGGACGAAGCUUGGCUGGGCGAAGGCCAGUCUGAAACUCAGCUUACGACUGUGUGCGGUCCAGAUAGAGUUGAGACAUGCGAUGCAGACCGACCAGCAUGGGACUCUAAGAUCCAGUAUGUGUUGGCCCAAGUGGGAUUCAGUGUGGGCCUCGGUAAUGUGUGGAGGUUUCCAUACCUUUGCCACCAAAAUGGAGGAGGGGCCUUCAUGCUGCUUUAUGUUUUUCUUUUACUGAUUGUGGGAGUUCCACUUUUUUUUAUGGAACUGGCAGCUGGCCAGAGCAUUCGCCAAGGCAGCAUUGGUGUAUGGAAGCACAUCUCCCCAAAGCUGGCAGGGAUUGGUUACUCCAGCUGCAUGGUCUGUUUUUAUGUGGCUCUUUACUACAAUGUUAUUAUUGCUUGGAGCUUGUUCUACAUGGGUAAUUCUUUCCAGUAUCCUCUGCCAUGGGAGCGAUGUCCAAUUGAUGGAACCACCAAUGACACAGUGAAAGAAUGUGCAGGUUCUUCCCCAACGUCAUAUUUCUGGUUUCGGAAAGCCCUUGACAUCACAAAUUCCAUCGAUGAAACUGGAGAGUUCAACCCCAUCAUGACGGGCUGUUUAUUAGCUGCUUGGGCAAUUGUCUCCUUGGCUAUGAUCAAGGGCAUCAAGUCUUCUGCAAAGGUGAUGUACUUUUCCUCAGUCUUCCCGUAUGUGGUGCUCUUUAUUUUCCUCAUCAGAGGGUUGAUGUUGGACGGUGCGAUUGACGGAAUCACAUACAUGUUUUAUCCUAAACUGGAAAUCUGGGGUAAUGUGCAGGUGUGGCGGCAAGCUGCUACACAAGUGUUUUUUGCCCUUGGAUUGGGCUACGGCUCCGUUAUCGCAUAUUCCUCCUACAAUCCAGUCCAUAACAACUGCCACAGGGAUGCACUGAUGGUCUCCAGCAUCAACUUCAUGACGUCAGUGCUGGCUUCGCUGGUGGUUUUCGUUGUGCUGGGUUUCCGUGCCAAGAACAUUGCUCUACGCUGCGUGGCUGAAAAUCUUGGUCUUCUAAGCCUCAUGUUGUCCCAUGGAUCUAACCAGCACUUGCUUGGCCCGGGUUGGCCAGGGAUCAACAUGACAGAUCCCGGCUCUGUGUCUAUAGCUGAAUACAGCGAGUGGUACAGUCACCACAGCUCCAUGGUGGGCCCUAACAUCACUGACUGCAGUCUGGAGCAGGAGAUGAAUAAGGGUAUUGAAGGGACAGGCCUGGCUUUCAUAGCAUUCACUGAGGUGAUGGCCCUUUUCCCUGCCAGCCCUUUCUGGUCCACAUUGUUUUUCCUAAUGCUGCUCAACCUGGGCCUCAGCACCAUGUUUGGGACCAUGCAGGGAAUCCUCACACCUCUCAUGGACAAUUUUAGCCUCUUGGGCCGCAACCGGACUCUACUCACCGUGUCCAGCUGUGCUUUGGGGUUCUUAAUAGGACUGCUAUUCACUCAGCGCUCAGGAAACUAUUUUGUGACUAUGUUUGACGACUACUCUGCAACUCUGCCAUUAGUUAUUGUAGUAAUCUUUGAAACCAUUAGCGUGGCAUGGGUUUAUGGAACAGAUCGCUUCCUAGAUGACAUUGAAGUCAUGCUGAAAUGGCGCCCCCCGGUGCUGUACAAAUAUCUUUGGAAGUAUGUUUGUUUGUUGGCGAUGGUUGGUCUUCUGGCUGCAAGUUUGUUGCGCAUGGUCUUUAAAAGGCCCACUUACACGGCUUGGAAUCAAACCACAGCCUCUGAGAUGACUCUUGAGUACCCUGGCUGGGCUCUUGCAAUGAUUAUAUUGCUGAUAGUCGUUGCCAGCUUGCCUGUACCUAUUGGCUACAUCCAUUAUACGUUGAAAAACCACAGGGUCCUUGACACUCGCUCUGAGGAGGGAGGCUGCCAGGAGAUGCACCGUGAGUUGUACACUAAAUGCAGCACCACUGAGCAGCUGGAUUCCAACUCCCAGCAUAGAGUCCCUUCUGAAGAAGCGGAGGCUCAUCCCAGGACUGCCUUCUUGCCAAUGGGCAACGAACACUACCGGCUCUUGCCCCAGCAAGAAGUGGAAGAUGAUGAUGAACAAGAUACUGUGGUGUGAACAUGUCUGUGGGAGGACAACAUGUUUAGAUUCUAACCCUCAGAAAGUGUAUGAGCAAGACCCUGCAAGAGAUAUUGCAAAGUGAACGGUGGGCGCUCAUAAACAGAAUUAUU